ACAGUUCUCUUUUUUGCUAUUCUUUCAUUUUUAGAACGGAUAUCAGAAAUCACAAUGGCAACAUUUACCCAGCCUCAAUCUGUGAUUACCCAGCAAGUUACUGUUAUUAAAAGCCCUGAAUGGAGCACAGGAAUCUGUGACUGCUGUGAUGACAUGGGCGUUUGUUGCUGCGCUACCUGGUGUCUGCCGUGCUUCAUGUGCAAGACAGCCAGUGAUUUUGGCCAGUGCGUAUGUCUGCCCCUGCUCGACCCUAUGCUGACUGGCUACUUUCUUGGAUUUACACCUGUGACAAUUCCUCCCAUCUCUCUAGCCAUGCGAGCAUCCAUGAGGGAAAGAUUCGGCAUUCAGGGGACCAUCUGUGACGACUGCUGCACGGUCUUCUGCUGCUACUCCUGCUCCUGGUGCCAAAUGGCGAGAGAACUGAAGAAACGGAAGCAACCUCUGACCAUUGUGAAUGCUCAAACCACAACAUUCAAUGUGGCCCAGCCAUCCGAUCAACCUACCUACAAUCCCAUAUACUAACAUUUCAGUCCUGUGAAUUAUAUGAUGCACCAUACAAUGGAUGCUAUCUUAUAUUCAAUUGGUCGACUUAAGGUGUUUGCAUUGCUUUUUGUUUGUUGCUCAGCCUUGUGCAUUUAGUGUAUCCCAGCAGGCACAAUAAGGUGACUUAGGUCAGCUCUGAUGGGAUGAACCUCUAAUCACACUUUGGGACAAAAAAAUUAAAUAUGUGACUGCCAUUCCUAAACAAUCUGGAUCUUCCAAGUCCUAAGUUAUGGAGAUUAUUACAAACACUGGUGGUUUCUAGCAGUGCAGUUCUGAUCAUAAUUUGUUUAGUAAGUUAUCAAUCGGCUUUAAUGUGAUGGUUUCAUCACAGGGGUUAAAAUGCCUUAAGAAUAUGAGAGAAGAUUUGUCCACCAUGAUCAAAAGAAAGAUUCAGAUUGAACAGUCACACUUUAGUAAGACAGCAGGCAAAGACAAAGAGAGACAGCUUCUACUGACUGACAAGCCUCGGGGUCACAUUUCAUAGUGAGAUGAGAGCAUUCAGCUUUAGUUUUCAUGACCACUUGUGUAACUUUUCUCCCAUCCGUCGAUACAUCAAUUGAUUUUUUUGAGCUCAUUUUUUCACAUGUAGUAGGAUGCUGGCACCUUACUCAGCCCCUUCAGGUGUAAAUAAGGAACCCACCAAGGACACAUGAACCAAAGAAAAUAAACCUCAGGAGACUGAAAAGGAAGACAAACCUU